AUGAACGCUUUCAAACGCAACACAUGCCUUGAGAAUACACGAGUUGAGGUGUUGAAUCAAAUCAUGGGUUGGCUUUUAUCGGACACCGCCCAGAACAUCUUAUGGCUUCACGGUGUUGCAGGAUCCGGUAAAAGCACUAUUGCCACAACCAUUGCAGAAAAUUGCCGAGGCAUGUCGCGGCUUGGUGCAUUUAUUUUCUUUAGGAGAGCCGAUGAUACUGAACGUCAACUUGUUUCGUUGUUUCGAACCAUUGCAUACCGGUUAGUGAUGUUCGAUUCGUCUAUAGCACAACAGGUCAAAGCUUCUGUCAAGAAGAACGACCAUAUUACUGAGGCUGUUGCAGAGGUGCAGUUCACGAGACUGCUUUUGGAUCCUCUUAACGCUGCCAGGGAUGACGUACAGGGACCGGUUGUUAUUGUCAUUGAUGCAUUGGAUGAGUGUGGUACUCGGGAGGCUCGGCGGAUACUGAUGUCUCUUCUGAGACGGGAGUUUGGGAAGUUACCUACAAAUUACCGAUGUUUCAUUACGAGCAGACCAGAGGUGGACAUUAGCACAGCACUGUCAAAUCGGCCGGGUUCGGUGUACGAGCUUACCUUAGAUUCCAGCUCGGCGGAUAGCAAGCGCGACGUCCUACGAUACAUUGACCAUGAGAUGCGUAGGGUUAUCGACGAAUCGGACGUGAGAGUACCAGACGAAUGGCCCUGGGAUACAUAUAUGAAGCAACUUGCUCGGGCUUCGGAAGGGUUAUUUAUAUGGGCAUCGACUGCCAUUACGCUUGUGUCGGAAAGUCCCAGUAGACUCCGGAGGCUAUAUGAACUUGUUAAUGCAUCUCACCGAUUGAAGGGUCUUGACCGACUGUACAAGUCCGUUUUGAUUAGCUCAGGGGUUAUCUCAAUGGACGAGCCAUACUCUAUAGCUCGCUUUACACAGAUACUGGGCCUCAUCUUGCUUAGCCGGGUCCCGCUCACAGACGCAACAAUAGAUGCACUUCUCGGAUUAUCGUCCAUAGAGCCGUCACGUGAGAUUCUCGCGAAACUGCAGAGUGUCCUCGUCUUUAGACAAGGCGAACCCGUUCAUGUACUGCACACAUCGUUUGCUGACUUUCUCAUGUCGUCGCCGUGUUCUACGCCGUGUCCAAUACACCAUGAUCCUUCCGAUUGCCUGUCUGGCCCCUGGUUCAGUGACGUUGCCAUGCAAAGUUCGUUGAUUGCGAAACGAUGCUUCACCAUCAUGAAGGGAGGGCUUGGCUUCAACAUGUGCGAUCUCGAAUCGUCUUUCGCGUAUAACAAGGAUGUUGUCGGGAUAAAGGACCGUAUCAGUAACAAAUUACCGUCGCAUUUGCAAUAUGCAUGCAAGUAUUGGGCACAGCACCUUGGUGAUGCUCCAUAUACACGCGAGCUGUUGGACGAGUUAGCGGCUUUCGCGUACGAGUAUCUACUGUAUUGGCUCGAGGUACUCAGCAUGCUAGGCCAAGUUGGUCCGAUUGCGAGUCGAGCGCUUCUGGAUGGUGCUAAAUGGUGUGAGGCACAUGAUACAGGCCUUUCUUUGUUCUUGAGGGACGCCAGCAAGCUCGCUGCCACGUUUGCUAUGCCCAUUACCGAAAGUACACCACAUAUCUAUGUUUCCAUGCUUCCGCUUAUGAAGGGCGAAUCGGCGACUGCAGCUCACUAUUCGAAGCACAUAUCUCGAAUGGUAGAGAUGAAUCGAAUAGGAACGAAACCACCACCGUUAUGGUCCAAAGUAUUAGAGGGACAUACGCAUUAUAUUUUGACGGUUUCAUUCUCGCCUGAUGGGAAGUAUAUUGCUUCAGGCUCCUGGGACGGAACAGUCAGAAUGUGGGACUUCGAGAGCGGUGAGAUGGUGUGUCACCUUUUUGAAGGGCACCAAGUCGCCGUCAAUUCUCUCGCAUUUUCUCCAGAUAGCCGUCUCCUUGUCACCGGAUCCUGGGAUAAGAAAGUUCGUAUUUGGGACAUUGAGUCAAGAGAGGUGGUAUCGGGCCCAUUCGAGGGUCAUGUUGACGGUGUGCGGACCGUUGCGUUUGCACAAGACGGGAAGCACAUUGCCUCUGGCUCGGGAGACAUGACAAUACGAGUAUGGGAUGUCGAGAAUAGGGCCGUUUCUCAAGUUCUCGAAGGACACAAAGGUGCUGUUCGAUCUGUUGCCUUCUCAUCCGAUAAGAAACGAAUAUUUUCGGCAUCCGAGGACAAGACAAUUCGAGUCUGGAACGUGGAAACAGGACAGGCAACAGGCGAGCCUUUUGUAGGUCACACGAAGGAAAUUUACUGCAUGUCGGUUUCUCCGAAUGGCAGGCACCUUGCCUCUGGCUCUUGUGAUAACACGGUGAGGGUCUGGGACGUGGAGAGUGGACAGCUUGUCAGUGGUCCGUUUGAGCAUGCAGAUAGCGUUUAUUCUGUCUGCUUUGCACCUGAUGGAAAGAGGGUUGUAUCUGGAUCUGCAGAUCGCACAAUCAUUGUCUGGGAGGUGGCCACCGGCGAAAUUGUUUCUGGCCCUUUUACCGGUCACGUAGGCACCAUUCGUUCUGUUGCCUUCUCCCCUGAUGGGUCAUGCAUCGUCUCGGGGUGUCAAGAUAAGACCCUUAGAGUUUGGGACGCGUCAAUCGGCAAGAUCAUUUCAGACUCUGCAAGCAAGCACUCAGACGCUGUCUUCUCCGUUGCCUUUUCUCCAGAUGGCAGUCAUAUAGUAUCUGGCUCUCGGGAUAAGACCGUUAGAUUCUGGGACGCCAGUACGGGCGAAGCAGCUUCCGCGCCAUUUUUGGGACAUACUGAAAGAGUUUACUCUGCAGUCGUUUCGCCUGAUGGGAGACGAAUUGUCUCUGGAUCUACCGAUAAGACUGUCAUUGUCUGGGACAUAAGGAGUGGCAAGAUGGUAUUCCAGCCGUUCGUGGGGCACUUAGACAUGGUCAAUUCGGUCACCUUCUCUACUGAUGGUACACGCGUCGUUUCUGGGUCUAACGACAGGACGAUCAUUAUUUGGAACGCUGAGAACGGCAAAAUGAUUGCUCAAUCUGAACAAGUGCAUAAAACUGGGAUCCGCCGCGUCGCAUUCACCCCCGAUAGCACUCUCAUUGCGUCAGCAUCUGUCGACAACGAUGUCGUUAUUUGGAAUCCAAACAGCGGGGAAAUUGUUUCCGGACCUUUCAAGGCUCUUCAAGAUAGCACGUUUUUGUAUUAUGCUCCGCUUUCCUUCUCUCCUGACGGGAGGCGUAUUGCCUCACGUAGCUCGAACAACGACAUUAUCGUUCGAGAUCUGGAGAGUGGACAGAUCGUCCCCGGACAUUUGAAGGGACACACCGACCCGGUCACGUCAGUUUCCUUUUCACCGGAUGGGGCAUACAUUGCCUCCGGAUCGGUCGAUCGUGCAGUCAUUAUAUGGGACGCAAGCAGUGGAAAGCCUGUUUCUGGGCCAUACAAGGGGCACAGUGGUGGAAUUACAUGCGUUGCCUUUUCUCCGGAUAGCGCUCGCGUUGUUUCAUGCUCUUUUGACGGAACAAUCCGAAUUUGGGCUGUAUCAAGUAAUGAAGGCGUUUCUGCAUCGUCUGGAGAGACAUCAGAUAAUAUGGUGGCCUUGUUGUCGACUGUCGCCAGCGGGAGCAUUAACGAAGGCUUUGCGGGUUGGACAUUAGCUGAUAAUGGAUGGAUAUUGGGCCCACAAAACGAACUGCUUCUGUGGCUCCCUCCCGAUAUUCGUUCAACGCUCUGGCGGCCUCAGAACGCGGCCGUCUUCAGUUGUGAAUUUUCCACAAAGUUGAACUUCCGGAACGCUGCGUGCGGUCAACGUUGGAAGGAAUGCUUCAAUCCUGCUGAAUAAACCAAGCCUUUACUGUUAUAGUUCUAUUGCUUCAUUUACAGGCUAUGUAUGCAUUGAACAUUCUAUAUAAAGAAAAAAUAGAAAACUCUUGCUUGCUUAGGUUAAUUUAUAAGAGUAAUUAUUCUGUAUAUGGAAGAGUAUGCCAGUACAGAAUAAAUAUCUCUGUUUGUAUUGUAUUGUC